AUGUUAAGACCACUCAAAAAACCAGUACCUAGGAACGAGCAAGCAGAUGAGGCAACCUAUUUAGCACACUUAGCAGCACAGAGAAAUGCCAGUGCCUUCUUUGAGAAGUAUGAGCGAGCCGAGCUUCAGGAAUUACUGACCACUUCAUUCUGUAGCUGGUUGGCAUCCAAAGAUGACUUGCGCCACCCAUUAGACCUUCCCAGUGGACUGUUGAGCCAGAUGAAAAACGUAAAUGUUCAAACAGCUAUUUUGCUUGCCCCAGCGGAGCCAGAGCUAGAUUUGGACUGCAGAGAAAUCCAUCAGAUUAUCCGAGAGUUGGCUGUCGGAAUUUACUGUUUGAACCAGACCCCUUCUAUCAGCCUAGAUGCCAAUUAUGACCACAGCACUUCUUGCUCUCUGCCUCCAGCAUACUUUGACACCAGAAUAGGACAAAUGUUAAUCGCUGUUGACUAUAUGCUAAAAGCCUUGUGGCAUGGGGCAUACAUGCCCAAAGAAAAACGGGUCAGAUUCUCUGAACUGUGGCGUUCCAGCAUGGAUAUAGAUGCAGAUGGCAUCCCCCAAACAGUAAAAACAGCCUGUGCGGAGUUUUGUCAAGCUGGUCUAGUUGAUAUUUCAAAAGAAGCAGAUUUUCAAGGGAUCUAUAGUGAAAACAUGAAUGAAAAUCCAACUUAUGACCCAAACAGCGUGGAGGAAAAGACAUUCUUUAUGCAGUUUGCGGACUAUAUAUUACUUAAGAUGACGUUUGCUACUACAGAGGUUGAGCAGUAUGAAAAUGUGUUCAGGUUUGAUGCAGCGUACGACCUUUCUAAUGCAAUAAGAAUGACUGAGGAUCGCCUUGAUACUUAUUCAUAUCAGAGGCUGCAGCAGAGGCUAGUCCUUCAACAAAAACUUGUGAAGAAACACCUAGAAAAGAAAACAGAAAUCCGGAAGAAUGUAGCAUAUCUGAAAAUAAUGAGUUUCCUGAUUCCAUUUAUUAUCAGUUUAAAAAGAAAAAAUAAAGUUCCAAAUCUGAAUCGGCUUCUUCAGCCAUAUUCAGAUGACAAAGUUAAAACUGAACGUGAAUUGCCUCCAAUUUUGCUUGGACCAGAUUUUAAAUGCCAGCAUUUUACGUAUGCCCAGAACCAGUAUUUCCAUCUCCAUGGCGGCAUUGAAUUUGAUGUUAGUACUCCUUCAGUUGAAGAUGUCUCGGAUGAGAUCAAGGCUGCUUAUGAAGAUAUGUACACCUGUGCAGCAAAUCAUCUUGCACAUUUGCUCGACCCAGAUGCCCCAUACAGAGAACAUUACCCCAUACCGAUAAUGGAUUUUGAUGGCAGGAGCUAUUAUGUCAUCGGCAUUGAACUUGAACCUUUUUACCAGCUUUUUAAGACCCAUUGGUGGGGAGCCAUAAAUGAAGUAAUAAGCACCCUUAAACCCAAACGGCUUCCAUUAACUGAUACGCAAGCAAUGGAGCAAUUCAAGAAACGAUUUGGUUACAAGAAAGCUAUUAAAUGUAAGAGCCUGUCAUUUGGCAUGAAAUCUGCUGCCGAAAGAGGGUUGGCUGCCAUCUUCCUCACCUUCUGUCGCAAGAUGUCUAUUUCCAGUCUCAAUAUGUCCGACGAAUGUGGUUAUGCUCUUAUCCAUCAUGCGGCUAUUUACAACCGCGUGGCGAUUCUAUGUCAGGUGGUUAAAUCGCAUCUCACGAUCAAUCAGAGGCGGACCAUACCAGCUAGCCAAGCUUUCGGCCCAACUGCUUUGCAUCUAGCGGCUCAGUGUGGUUCUCUUGAAUCACUUCAUUUCCUCCUGGCUUUAAAAGCAGACUACCGACUGCCCGAUGAACGAGGAUGGAUGCCUGUACAUUUUGCUGCCUUCUAUGACAACACUGCCUGUCUCAUAAUUCUCUAUCGGAAAAACCCAGAAUUGAUAGAAGCUGAAACACGAUCUGAGUGUCACUCCACCCCACUUUUGCUUGCUGCCACAUCUGGGGCAUUAGAUACCAUCCAGUACUUGUUUUCUAUUGAAGCCAACUGGUUGAAAAAAGACAGCGAAGGAAAUAAUAUCAUUCACUUGGCAGUGCUGAACUUUCACACCGAAGUUCUGAAGCAUCUCAUUGAAUUACAUCAUCCUGAUCUCCCAGUUUGGAAAACACUUGUUGGUAUGUUGGAUUGUGGUGCCUAUAAGAGGAAAGAAAUGGCAAUAAGGUGUUUGGAAGUACUGUGUCUUGCCAAAGAUGACUAUUGGCAGUGCAUUUUGGAAGCAGGUACUAUACCUUCAUUAAUCAACUUGUUAAAAAGCGGCUCCCUCAAGGUGGAGUGCCUCACUGUGGGAGUGCUGAGUAACAUCUCAACUCACAACUCGAUUGCUAGAGCCUUUGUCGAAGCCGGAGGCAUUUCAGUGCUCAUUAAGCUCUUGGCCACGGAUGAACCUGAGCUGCUAUCACGCUGUGCUGUCCUUUUGUAUGAUAUUGCCCAGCUGGAUGAUAAUCAGACCACAAUCGCUGAACUGGGUGGCAUUCCUGCUCUGGUUAAUCUGUUGGAGUAUGACAUAGAACAACUGCUGGUGAAUGUAAUAAACUGCAUCCGAGUAUUGUGCAUUAACAACAGUGAUAACCAAUUAAAAGUGAAAGAAAGUAUGGGCAUUGAACCUAUAGUUCAUUUCUUACAGUCAGAGUCAGAUGUGUUACUGGCAGUAGCUUCAGCAGCAAUUGCAGAACUUGCUCGUGGCAAUCUGAAGAUGCAGAAUGCCUUUGCUGAAGCACAAGUCAUUGGUCCUCUGGUUGAAAUUCUCAGAGGAAGGAAAAUUAGUGUCCAGGUGAAAGGAGCAAUGGCGAUUGAGGCACUCUGCGAAGGGAACACUUAUAUCCAGAUGAGAUUUCUAGCAAAGUCCGUGACGAAAUUCCUUUUAAAGCUCCUGAAGGCCUUUCACCUGAAAGUUAAGGAACAAGGUGCUGUGACACUCUGGGCCCUGGCAGGGCAAACCUUGAAGCAGCAAAAAUUCAUGGCAGAACAGAUUGGAUACAACCUUAUUAUAGAUAUGCUCCUAUCACCCUCUGAUAGAAUGCAGUGUGUUGGAGGUGAAGCCGUCAUCGCUCUUAGCAAGGACAGCGAAAUUCACCAGAAUCAAAUAUGUGAAGGGAACGGAAUUGCGCCUUUGGUCCGGCUGUUAAGGAGUGGAAGGAUAGCAGAAGGCACACUUCUGAGUGUCAUCAAAGCCUUGGGGACCAUGUGUAUUGGUGAAGCUAGUAUAAGCAACCCUAUCAGUCAAGAGAAUGUAGUGGAUGAAGGGGCCUUGCCAGUACUGGUUCAUUUACUUAAAACUCAUUGUUCUCUUCAGGUAAAGGUUGAAGUUGCAUUUUCUUUGGCUUGCAUUGUUUUAAGGAACAGUCAUCUGCAGAAUGUACUACAAGAGAAGGAAGGUUUUAAUUAUUCUGGUGUCCUGGAGCUUCUGUACUCAUCAGAUAAGGAUAUCGCUUUACGGGCAGGAUAUGCAAUAGCCCUUUUUGGAUAUAAUAAUCCCAGCCAGCAGUUAAUGAUUUUAGAGACCGGACCAAUUUCACUGUCUGUAUUUGAACCUUUUCUGCUAUCAGAUAUAGAGACAGAUAAAGCAACAGCUGCUUUUCAGAUCAUUGUACUAGCCAGAAUUAUUGUUGAUAUGGACCAAGUUAGUUUGUCUGCAAGGGGAGUUUCUAUUUUGGUUGACCUGUUGUGUUCAGAAAAGCCAGCCACUCUUGUACAAACAGGAAAAUUAUUGGCUAGUUUGGCUCACACAAGAGCAGGUAUUCCAGAAGCGAUUACAAGCCUGGGAACUGUCCAGCGUCUUUGUUAUCAUUUAUAUGCAAAGGAAGAAGAGGUCCGUAAAGCUAUGGCAAGUGCUCUGGGUUAUUUAACAUUCAACCGAACUGCAUACCGUCAUCUUUUGGUACAAUGUAGGAAUAAGCCCAAGUUGUUUAAGAGGCUGAUAAGAAAUCUUAGCAAAGAUGCAAGAAUAAAUGCAGACUUUGUGAAAGAAAUUAAGAGACAAAAAAAGGUUGGGCUGCCAUCUCUCAGUUUGGAGAUAUAUGGAGGACCACCUGCAGUUCCUGUACAUAUACGAGACAAAUCACGAAGUAAUGGAGUCAAAAUGUACAAAACGAAGUGUCGCCCAAAAGAUUCCCUCUUUCUAAUGCCCACAACAACUCAUCUAAUGGAAAGAUUAAGAACCCCGGAGAAGUCGCGUGUUCCAACCUCUGGACACUACCCUUUUCCCCAUGUCACAACAUCAGACCUCAUUCAAGUUUCAAGACCAAGAAUUGUUAACGUCUGCACUCUCCAGGGUAAUUUGUCGGAAAAGAAAGCCUGA